AUGCUCCCAUUGGCAACCGCGCCCCCAGGGACCUUUCCAGGGACAGCAGCUCCCAUAAGGACUCUCGCCAGGGCGGCGGCACCCCUAGGUACCCUCCCAGUGGUGGCAGAGUUCCCAGGGGCGGAGACGCCCCCAAGGACCCUACAAGGAGAAGCGGCGCCCUUCCAAGGGUCCCCAGGGGCCCUAUGGGACCCUCCCGGAGGCGGUGGCGUCCCCGGGAAUCCUCCGGGGGACGGCGGUGCAUCCAGGGACCCUCCCAAGGAUGGUGGCGCCCCCAGGGUUCCUGCCAGGGGCGGCGGGGCCCCCAGGGACACUCCUAGGGACCGUGGCACCGCCAGGGACCCUCCCAGAGGCGGCGGCACCCACAGGGACGUUCCAAAGGCGGUGCCCCCAAGGACCCUCCAAAGGGCGGUGGCGCCCCCACGGACCCUACCAAGGGUCCCUAGGGACCCUAUGGCAUGCUUCUGCACCCAGGGGCCCUACAGUUCUGGCGCUCCCAGGGGUCCUCCUAGAGUUGACAGCGCCCCCAGGAGCCCGUCAAGAGGCGCCUACGCCUCCAGGAACCAUUCCAGGAGCAGCGGCGCCCCCAGGCGCCCUCUCAUAAGCGGCUGCACCCUUAGGGGCACUCCCAUGGGUGCCCUCCCAGGGGUACUGGCGCUCCCAAAGGCUCUCCCAGUUAUGGUGGCGUUGCCAGGGUCCCACUCAGGGACGAAAGCGCCCCCAGGGGCCCUCCCAGGGGUGGUGGCGCCACCAGUGCCCACUCAGCGGUGA